GUUAGAUCUCGGUCUUCCAGCGAGAGCCACUCGAGAUCUGUCAGAGAACGAAUCCAAUCCAGCACCUGUUUUGUGUUUUUGUGUGUGGUUGUGUGUACGCGCGAAAACUGUGAUAAGCCGUUCGUUUCCUAAACAGAGAGAUCUGGUUACGUAAACCCCCGAUUUCCAGGGCAAAAACAGAGAGAGAGAAAUGGAAGUGCCACCGCCUCUGGUCCUCAAGCGCCCGCUAUAUGUCCCCAGCAAGACACUGAUGGGUCCAGGACCCUCGAACUGUUCGCAUCGCGUUCUGGAGGCCAUGAGCAAUCCGGUCCUGGGCCACAUGCAUCCAGAGUGCCUGCAGAUUAUGGACGAGGUUAAGGAGGGCAUCAAGUACAUUUUCCAGACACUAAACGACGCCACCAUGUGCAUCAGCGGUGCUGGCCACGCCGGCAUGGAGGCGUCACUCUGCAAUCUGAUUGAGGACGGAGACGUUGUCCUUUUGGGCAUUACCGGCGUUUGGGGACAUCGCGCCGCUGACAUGGCCCGUCGCUAUGGCGCUGAUGUACGCCUUGUGGAGGCCAGUUUUGGGCGUGCGUUAAGCCAGGAGGAGAUAAAGUUCGCCUUCGAGACACACCGGCCACGUAUCUUUUUUGUGGCCCAGGGCGACUCGUCAACGGGCAUCAUUCAGCAGAAUAUCCGGGAGAUCGGCGAGCUGUGCCGUCAGUUCCACUGCUUCCUGGUGGUGGACACUGUGGCCUCGCUGGGCGGCACCGAGUUCCUCAUGGACGAGUGGAAGGUGGAUGUGGUGUAUACGGGAUCGCAGAAGUCGCUCGGCGGCCCCGCUGGCCUCACGCCCAUCUCCUUAAGCAAGCGUGCCCUCACCCACAUUAAGCAGCGCAAGACCAAGCCGAAGGUCUACUACUUCGAUAUCCUACUCAUCGGCCAGUACUGGGGCUGCUACGGCACGCCGCGGAUCUAUCAUCACACCAUCUCGACCACGCUGCUGUACGGCCUACGCGAGGCUCUCGCGCACUUCUGUGCCGUGGGCCUGAAGUCGGUGGUGCGACGGCACCAGGAGUGCUCGCGUCGCCUGCAACUGGGCAUCGAGGAGCUAGGCCUGGAGAUGUUUGUGCAGCGCGAGGACGAGCGCCUGCCCACCGUCAACACCAUCAAGGUACCGUUCGGCGUCGACUGGAAGAAGGUGGCAGAGUACGCCAUGCGCAAAUAUAGCGUGGAAAUCAGCGGUGGCCUGGGCCCCACUGUGGAGCACGUCUUCCGCAUUGGCCUCAUGGGCGAAAAUGCCACCGUGGAACGCGUGGACAUGGUCCUCAGCAUCCUGCACGAGGCCAUUCAAAGCAUCAAGCUGCGGGCUGUUAAAACGGAACGUUCCAAAAUAUGAUUCCCUUUAGUCGUAAAUGUUUUUUAAAUAAUAUAUCCCUAAAAAACAUAACUAAAAUUCACUUAAUUUCGUAUUUACCGCUAUGGCUAGUGGUGCCAGACCAAGACCAUAGACGCAGAGAGCUGCCAGACAUGGCCGAACAGCUGAAGAGCGCUGCCAGACCAACAAAGCGGCAGAGCGCUGCCAGCUGUGGCAGUAGCGCACAGAACGGUUUGUUUGUCCCAACAAAAAACAUUUUUUUCCAUUGAAUUAUAACAAAUUGCUAACUCUGUUAUGACACAAUUGUAUUUAAUGGUCAACUGGUCAACACACUUAACAGUUGCGUUGUGAAUAGUCCGCCUGUUGGCCAUCCUAAGGUAAAAGAUUCCAUGGCCCAAAUUUAAUAAUUAGGCAAUUAAUCUUAUGGAUAGAUAUUGAGAGCAAAUCCAUUCAAACGAUCAAUAAACAUUAAUUUGUAUGCUGAAAGUACAAUAUGCCGUAUAUUUUUACAGCUAUCGCAUGAAAUGUUCACGGAUUUGAACUGGAAAGAAGGGUUCAGAUCGAUUCGGAAACAAAAUAUUUCGCCUUUCGAUUUGCUACAUUUCCGUUUCACAUGUAGUAUGGAAGUUAUAGAUGAUUUAUUGACCGCCAACCCGAGAUUGGCUCGUCCAAGCACUCGCACGCACAUACAAACAAAAAAAAAA